GGAAAUGGGUACCGGAGGGCGGUGCGGUCCGCGGCCCGGGAAAGGGAGCGCUGAGGGGACAGCUGCGACUCCUACUGCCACUUCGGCCUCCUGCCAGUACAGGUGCAUCGAAUGCAACGAAGAAGCGAAGGAACUGUACCGAGACUAUACCAACGGUGUGCUGAAGAUAACCAUCUGCAAAUCCUGCCAGAAACCUGUAGACAAAUAUAUUGAAUAUGAUCCUGUUAUCAUCUUAAUUAAUGCUAUUUUAUGCAAAGCCCAGGCCUACAGGCACAUUCUUUUCAAUACUAAAAUAAAUAUCCAUGGAAAACUCUGCAUAUUUUGUUUGCUUUGUGAGGCAUACCUGAGAUGGUGGCAGCUUCAGGAUUCAAACCAGAACACUGACCCUGAUGACUUGAUUAGAUAUGCUAAGGAGUGGGAUUUUUAUAGAAUGUUUGCAAUUGCUUCUUUAGAACAAACUGCCUUUUUUAUUGGCAUUUUUACUUUCCUGUGGGUCGAACGACCCAUGACAGCGAAAAAAAAGCCCAACUUUAUUUUACUGCUGAAAGCAUUAUUAUUAUCUAGCUAUGGAAAACUCUUGCUCAUUCCAGCUGUCAUUUGGGAACAUGACUACACACCUCUGUGCCUCAAACUUAUUAAAGUGUUUGUCCUUACAUCAAAUUUUCAGGCCAUUAGAGUGACCCUGAACAUCAAUCGGAAGCUGUCCUUGUUGGCCAUCCUGAGUGGAUUACUUUUAGAAAGCACUAUGGUCUAUUUCUUCCAAAGGAUGGAGUGGGACAUUGGAAGUGAUUGUGCCAUCUAUAAAUCUCAGGACUUUUGAAGAGGUACUAAAACAUCAGAACUGUUCAUACAUUCAGACAAGUAUCCUUCUCAAAUUAGACAAAUAUACUUGUAAAAUAAAGCCAUGUAAUUACAUAACCUAUUCGCUUGCAUCCAUUUGCCUCUAAUUCAUCUCCAUC